CCCCUCACCUGUCAAUACAGGGCUGAACUGAGAAACUAUACUUGCAGGUAGAGGGAGACCCUUGCAGGGACAACUUGAGGCCAUGGAUCCUGCCACUGCAGAAAAUGUUACCGCCAAAAAAUGCAAGCCUGGAGAAGCGGAGUAUUCAGAGGGAGAAUACGAGACAUCAGUUAACCAGGAGAAACAAGAUGACCUGCGAUCUCACAAGGACAGCCUGGCUAACACGGAUGUCCCCUUGAAUUUAAAUGUAGACAAAUCUGGACAUCUGAGGUUAGAGACAAUUGAUGACCUCCAGAAUAUUCUGCAACUGAGGAAGUCAAGAAAGAGAGCGAAAAGAGUACAAGUUCGCAAGCCACCACCCCCACCAGAGACUGUGCCUUAUUAUGUGAAUGAGGAAGAUUUCUUCAAGGCCUGCGAGGAGAACAAACUGCCAUUGAUCGAAAGGUAUCUGGAAAAAUCGGGAGAUAUCAACGCUUGUGACAAUUUCAGACGCACAGGCCUGCACAGAGCUUGCACACAGGGACACGUGGAUGUUGUGAAGAGGCUACUGGAGGCUGGAGCUUCAAUUGAGUACAAAGACAAGCUGGAUGCUACUGCUGUCCACUCUGCCUGCCGAGGAGGAAGCACGUCUGUGUUAGAACUGCUGCUCAACAAAGACGGCAGCUUCUCUGCCAGGGAUAAGCUCCGCAGCACUCCCCUUCAUGUUGCAGUUAGAACCGGUCACUAUGAAUGUGCUGAACAACUAGUCCACUGUGGAGCUGACGUCAAUGCCAAAGACAGGGAAGGAGACACUCCCAUGCACGAUGCAGUGAGACUGAACAGAUUCAAAAUCAUCCAACUACUCCUGCUUCAUGGAGCCAAUCCAAAACUCAAGAAUUGUGUGGGAAAGUCAGCAUUGGAAAGCACUCUGGAGUGGCAGAGUGGGGCUAAAUCAAUUCUCAGCAACUUCAAGGAUGAUGCAAAAACUCCUGUCAAGUCAAGUAAAGUCCUGUUCAAUUAAAUUGCAUUUUAUACAGGUCAGAACUCACUCAGAAUGAGUAGAUAACAGCA